ACACCAUCCCUAUUAAAAUCCUUCGCAAAUUACAAAACCACACAACUCUGUACUUGCUUCAUGAGAUGGUAACAAUAUAUGGCCAAAAGGAAGAAAACGACACCGUUGUGUUUUGAUUCUAUUUUAUUUAUUAAGCCAUAAAUUUGCAGUACGACACAACCAAAGCAGCAGGGCUCACACACAAGAAAGGGCGCCUAAAAGCCAUUCUCUUGAAGCUUAAUGCUUAAUUUGUUUCUCUGUAACUUAUAAGCCUCUAAUGUCUAGGGAUUUCCAUUUCAAUCACUGUUACUGCAAACUCAGACAUUCUUCAAACCAUUUAUUUUCCCUGAAAUAGAUUUUAAAUUUCAGAAUUUUCCCAAUUUUUUUCAUAUUUAGGGUUUUUUUUUUUCUUGGCGGUAGUGUUUAUGGAUCGUCUCCGACCUAGACAGAGGCUGGUGUUUACUGGCUUCUCUGAAACUGAGGUUGGGAAAAUGGAGAAACUGUUGGUAGAAUCAAAAGAAGACUUGCUUACCAAGGGAUUUUGCCAAAAAGUUGCAAAGAGUUUUAAUAUCUCAGCUGGCCGUGCUGGGAAACCUAUCGUUAAAUGGACGGAGGUGCAAAGUUGGUUCAAAAGUAGGCAACAAAACAACCCAUCUAAAAUUGCUUCUUCAACAGAUGAGCCCAAAAAUGUAUCUGUGCUCCCAGAAACUUGCCCUCCAACUAAAGAGCGCAAAAGUUCACAAGAACCUAGAGAAGCUGGAGAAAAGCUCUCAGAUUUAUCAGAAUUGGAAUUUGAGGCUAGGUCAUCAAAAGACGGGGCAUGGUAUGAUGUUGAGAUGUUUCUUGCUCACAGAUUUAUUAGUUCUGGUGAAGCUGAAGUUCGUGUCAGAUUCAUUGGAUUUGGGGCUGAAGAAGAUGAAUGGGUUAAUGUAAAGAAGGCAGUACGAGAACGCUCUGUUCCUGUGGAACAUUCAGAUUGUCAUAGGUUGAAGGUUGGAGAUUUGGUUCUCUGCUUCCAGGAGAGGAGAGAUCAAGCAAUCUAUUACGAUGCUCACAUUGUAGAAAUUCAAAGAAGAAUGCAUGAUAUAAGAGGUUGCAGAUGCCUGUUUUUAAUCCGAUACAAUCAUGACAACACUGAGGAAAGAGUUCGGUUGAGGAGGUUAUGUACAAGGCCAACAUUUUAGACCAGUCCUGCAAUGUUUGUGUCUACAGCUCGUGUUUUUGGCUUUGUGUUGAGGUGGAAGGGGAAAGUACAGAUAUACCAGGCUUUAGUCGUUAUAUACAAUACAACCGACUACCCAUGCGUGGCAAUGUCUUUUGGCUCUAGGCCGAUUUAAGUAAACUGGAAUUAAAGAUAAUAAAAAGGCUCUUAUUGAAGCACAUAAUUUAUUUA